AUGAUUGACGAUGUCUUUGGCCAUGGACAAUAUGUACAACACGCUCCGAUUGAGAAUAUGAGCCAUGCCUCUAUGUCAAAGGCGGUGUAUGAAGGGCGAAAUGCAGUCAAUGUGAAUGGCGUUGAGGACGCUGUGGACUUGAUGGUAAAGGCACCAGAUGACAAGGAGUACGACCGCGGUUUACGCUACAUGUACUAUCUUCUCGAUGGAUUUGGCGAAAAAGGAGAACUCCCGGAGCCAAAACACCCUCUUCUCGUUUAUUUCAUGCGCAAUUGGGAUGCUUGCAAGGACAUGUGGGCAGUUUAG